AUGUUCUUUUCUUUUCCAAUUUUCGAUGUUGCACUGUCUAUUGUACGCGCUAAUCCAUAUGUAUUGGAAGGGCUUGGUGCUCAAUUAGAAGAGAAAGAGAAAGUAGAAGGUGAAGAUUUGCAAAAGUGGUUAAGUAUGGUGGUAGCACCUGAAGAACUCGCAGUCUUUGUCAAAGGAAAGCAAGAGGCUCUGCUCCCGGCACAAGCGAGCUCCAGUUAA